AUGGUGGAUCAUCGUGUGGCGCAUCUUCUGCUUAACUUGACGGAUUGUGCCCCGGUAGACGGUGAGUGCGUCCACAGCCCAGAAUCCGUGGCGUGGAGUCCACACAAUGUUCUUCUUGUAGCCACGCACUGGGCGUUGUACCUGCACAUCAGAGGUCUUGUUGCAUCGGACUUUGUCCUUCGACCCGCGUAUCAGCCUCGCGGUGACACCUCUAGCAUGAUGUGCAUCACGGGAGCAAAAUGGGCAUUGGAUUUGGUUCCAGAAAAGGCGUACCCUGCGACAUGCAGACUGUGUGUGCGAACCACACGUGAUAUUUACAUAUAUCGCGUCAUUCGGUCCGGUAAAGGGAGGAUUCGCGUGAGUUGUGGGAUUUGUUUUAUCCCAAAAGUUGCCUCGGAGGAAGGUUUAGACUCUGUCGCUGGUGCGGAGCGAAAAGGACGUAAAAGAGCUCGUUCAUCUUUUGGGAAUAUUGCCGUUCCCGACGCUGAGAAUGGUGGAAAGGGCCACUUACGGUUGUCAGAUGGCCCAGGGUGGUGUGUGGUCAGCUAUGCGUGGUUUCCGUUGGAUCUUCUGGUAGUGGUAACAGUGGGUGGUAUUUAUCUUCUCAAUUUAUUUGACGACGUCUCAGAUGAGACGGAAUUGCAGUUGCGAUUAUUUCCAUCACCCGCAUUUUGUUUCACAGGAAGUCCCCUGGCAAGUCUAGUGGCAUCAUGUGCAACGCGGGUGUUGGGGUGUGAUAGGAACGACUAUCGGCUGGUUGUGGCGUCUCCGUGUUGGCUUCGCAUCUUUACUGUUUCCACUACUUAUGUGCAUUUGACACAUUACGUUGAAGUACCUUCUCUCUAUGGCGUUCCUACCGCCCUCUGCUCCAUGAUGAGCGAUGCGAGUAAGUCUACUAUGCGCGUCUUUGUUUCUGCCCCGAUGUGUAUUCUUGAGGGGAACCUUGUGGUGGGCCCAUCGAACAAUGUCGUGGGUGAGGCACGGCAGGUCAAUUGGACCGCAGUGGGUUCAUGGAAUUCCGAAGGCGAAUUGGGUGACGAAGUUUCUGUGCGUCACUUUCUAGUUGUCCCCCUUAGUUCCUUUGUACCAACGGAGGCAUCGACCACACUAACGAAACGUAAGAGCACGACUAGUGAGAGUGCGAUGGAUGGGCGUGAUGCACAUUACCUUGUAUUGGGUGUAUGCCAGCGUCGUCUGUUGGGGUUUGUGGGAAGGCGAUGCGUGGAACUCCUGCAUUGUUUGCGCAUGGACGGUAGCGAGUUUCCGCGUGACGUCGCGUUGGAAGUUUUGGGUGCGGCGAUUCACCCUUCUUGCACAUUGGCGGUUAUAGGAGUCCGAAUUGGUAUGCGGCAAUAUCCGCCGUUUCAACUGCUGCCGGUUAGUCUUAACACCAAGGGUGGGUUUUUGUUACGUCUUCUUCAACUUCUGGAGGGGUUCGAUUCCCUGUCCGAUGGGAACGGUGACGUGGCAACGAUAUCGGCCACGGCACCAAUCAACACUGUGCUUCCGGCUUUGUGGAACAGACAGCACUCCACGUCGUACUUUGUGUGGGAGGACCUGCUGCCAGGCUCCGCUGUUGCCUCCGCGAUUGCACAUUCACAUCAUGAGGAGACCAAGCGUGUGUUAGAGUUUUCAAAGAUCGAAGUAGAAGUAAAAGACGAGGGGGGAAACAUCCACGCAACCUCUUCCCCUUUUUUCUCCUUGUAUUACCGGGUACUUGGCGCAUGGCGACGCGGGUACCUUGAGGAGCGCCAGAAACACGGCGUGGAGUUGUUUCUGCGAUUUCCGGAGGCCAACGCGGCGUGGCGAUGGACACUACUCCGCAUCUGGCGUCGAUUUCCGGGAGACGCGGCUUUAAUGGAGCUUCUCUUGGCAAACGCCGUGAGGCGCAUGGCGGAGGAGGUGCAUUACGCCGGAGUCACCAGGAGUGAAAGCGCGGCCUUGCCGUUAGAGGCGGCAGACACCUCGUAUCUAGCGUUUUUGGCUGCUGUUCAAUUUGGUAGGUUGUACCAGCAGCAAUCCGUCAAGGGAGGGGCGUGGGUUUACGACGGGGGAUUUGUAGAGCAGGUUGGGAAAUUUGUCGAUACUGUGGAGGCUCAGAUGUGGCGAAAACAACGAACACUACAAAAAGAGAGGGAAGAUCAAAACACAUUGACGUCUCCUUCUCGCUUUCCCUGUUCCAUAUGUGGGAUGGAGGAGCAGACGCUUUUAACCAUGUCUCUUACUUCCACCACGAAGGUGGGGCGAAACAUGGAAGGAAAAUUACAGGACUGUGCGACGGGGUUUCACCUUACGGUGUUUUCUGGCAGUACAUUUACCCCGCUUUCUUUUGUGAAACAAGACGAGGUGUUGAGUCGGUGCCUCUCAUGUGGCACUUAUGAUUACGUCACUGGGCCCCUCUGUAGUGUAUGUGAAGGUCUGAUGAUGUGA